UUCUAACGAAGCGUUUGGCCUUCAAGGGAAAUGAUAUAAAACCGACAGCCAGGAAUUUUUAUCAGAAGCUAACAGUUGACCAGAUGACAAGAAGACAGGUGAUAUAGCAGCUUCAGCUUGCUCUGGAAGACCAUUCUGCAAAUAAUUGUAUUUGGAACUGGCAUUAAACAAAGAGCCGGGGGAAGCAAAACUGCAGACACAUUUAUCCUGAGUCUUUGUUUCUCAAAGAAGAGGUAGUUGCUGUUAUUUGAUGCAAAGAGAGAGGGAGAGAUGGAUGGCGGGUGGUUGUGAAGGCAACGGCAUAUGAGGGACUGAGAGCCAGCUCCAUCCAGAGUCUCCAGCAGUGGUUCAAGGAUGAGCUCAGCAGGCCUGGUCCUCCUGGGGCUUGCUCUCAGGUUUAUGGCCGCUAUUGCUAAGCCAGAGGAGGGCAGCGUUUGCUCUAAGAGCCAAGUGGCUUUCAGAGACUCUUGCUAUGAAUUUGUGCCUUUGGGCUGCUCCUUCAGUGAUGCCCAGAACUGGUGUGAGAGGCAGGGAGGCCAUUUGGUCUUCAUCCGUGAUGAAGGCACCCAGCGGUUUCUACAGAAGCAUAUCUCUCAAGACAGGGAAUGGUGGAUUGGGCUGACAGGGAACUCGGCUCCAAACGGAACCACAGAAGGGCCGGGGACCUGGCUGGACACCUCCCACGUGAACUACAGCCACUGGCACGAAGCGCAGGCCUCCCCUGCUCCCCACGCCUGCGGCUACAUCAGGAGAGGCCCUUCUUCUAGGUGGGCUGCCUCAGACGACUGCACACAGUCGUUCGCCUUCGUCUGCGAGUUCGGUGUUGGCCAGAGUCUGGCCUGUGAGGGCCUCAAUGCCAUCAUGCACUGUGGCUCAGGGGAGGUCAUCCAGAUCCAGGAUGCUUUCUACGGGCGCCGGACUCCCCAUUAUUGCUCCCAGGAGGCUGGGCACCCCUUGGACCUGGAGGAGGAAUGCAGCUGGCUCAGCGUCAAGGACGAGGUGGCAGGACAGUGCCAGGGGCUGCAGGCGUGCCAAGUAACAGCAAAUGAGACCUUCUUUGGAGAUCUGUGCCCCACCCAGGGCAGCUACCUGUGGGUGCAGUACGAGUGUCGGGAAGGCCUGCAGCUGGCGGUGUCCAAUGAGAGUUUCACCUUUCACAAUGUCACCAUCUCCCUGGCGUGGCUCCUCUCUCCUUACACCGGAAAUCUGUCCUGUAUAGUUAGUACUGGGGAUGGCCACACGUUUGAUCCUUACUACCCUCACAGUUUGUCUAGCAACUUGACUUACCAGUUCACAACACCUGGGAAAUUCACAAUGUUUGCUGAGUGCACAACUAGUGAGUGGCAUGUGACGGCUCAGAAGCAAGUGACAAUUCGAGACCAGAGGGAGAGACUCAGUGUGAGUGGGUGUUCCAGCCUGUCCAAGUCAGGAGCCAGCCCUCUCUGCCAGACUGUCUUUGGGGACCCUAUGUGGAUUCAGGUGGAGCUUGAUGGAGAAACAGGGGUGACUUACACUGUGCUGUCAGAUAACACCACCCUGGCUGAGUCCACCGCACAGAGGGGCCUGCUCCCCUACAAUCUGACCCUGGACAGAGCAGCCCAGCAACGGAUAGGCCCAGGGGUGCACCACCUGGAGAUCCGAGCCACCAGCAACACCACCAUCUCUGCACCUUCCACAAACGUCACAGUCUACUUCCUGGAGCCUCUGUCAGGGCUGCAGGCCUCCUGGGCUUCUGACCGCUUGGAGCUUGGACAGGACCUACUGGUCAACGUCUCAGUGGCUCACGACAUCCCAGAAGAGCUGACCUUUGAGGUAACUGGACUCAAUGCGUCCUUCUCCCAUAAGGAAGACAGCCUUGGACGGCCAUCUGGGAUUUACCAUGUGACAGUUCCUCUUGAAGGCACCUUUCAGGUCACCGUGCUGGUGAGAAAUGCCUUCUCAAACUUGAGUUUGGACAUUGGAAGCAUCACUGUUGCAGCUCCUUCUGGUCUCCAAGAACCAUCUGGAACAAGUGCUGAGGAAAAGGACAGAGAUAAAGGGGAUGUGGAGGUAUACGUGGAACCUGGUCGGUACGUGGAUCCUUUCACGACAGUGACCCUGGCCUGGCCGGAUGGUGACGAGGAUUUACGCUUCCAGUGGUCAUGUGGCCAUUGCUGGGCUCAGUGGAGUGACUGUGUUGAGAGAAAGCUGCUCCACAAAGACCAGAGAGAGCUGGUGAUUCCACCAUCCUGCCUGCCACCGCCUGGUUCUGCAGUCACCCUGCACCUGGCCGUCUGGAGGGGCCAGGAGCUGGAGAACCAGGAGGAGCAGUGCCUCUAUGUGUCUGCCCCCCUGGAACUCAGGCCUCAAGUCAGCUGUGAGAGGAACUGUGGGCCAGCGAAUGCCAGUGAAGAUGUUAUGCUCAGGGUCACCAUGGGUGACGACUCCUCAGUGGCCACGUUCAGCUGGUAUUUAGAUGUCACCCCUCUAGAGAAGACCCAGCCCCUCCCGGCAGCCUGUAGACUCCGAGGGUUUCGGCCUCGUUCUUUAAUCCUCCUUCAGAGCAACGCCUCCACCCUGCUGCUGAACAGCUCCCUCCUGCAGGCCUGGGGCCAGGCUUUCCAAAUCAGAGUCACAGCAGUGACCAGGCACGCCUACGGGGAGGACACCUAUGUUAUCAGCGCUCUGCCUCCCCCUGAGGUGCCCACCUGCACCAUCGCCCCGGAGGAGGGCACCGUUCUAACAAGCUUCUCCAUCUUCUGCAACACCUCCGCUGCCCUCGGCCCCCUGGAGUACUGCUUCUGUCUGGAAUCAGGUUCCUGUCUACACUGUGGCCCUGAGCCUGCCCUCCCAUCAGUUUAUCUGCCACUUGGAAAAGAAAACAACAACUUUGUGCUGACAGUGGUCAUUUCUGUUUCCAAUCACGCGGGGGACAGGCAGCACACCCAUGCAGCAGUUAAGGUGGGGCUUGGAGACACUCGUGUUGAGGAUGGGGCAUUCCAGGCUGCAGUGUCAGAGAACAUUACUGCUGCUCUACAAGGGGAGCAGGGCCCAGAGCGGCUCUUCCAGCUGGCCAGGUCUGUGUCCUCCAUGCUGGACCAGGAGUGCCAGGGGCUGGGACCCAGGCGGCUACAAAGAACGGGCGCCAGACAGAAGGUCAGAGAACGCGUGCUGGCGUCACUGUCUGCAGUCACGGCCACCCUGGGGGACAUGCAGAGGGUGCAGGAGCUGGCCACGGUGCUGAGAGAGGUGACCCAUCGCAGUGAGGAGCUCACGCCCUUGGCCCAGUGGGAGGCCAGCUGGGCUCUGCAGCAUGCCAGUGAGGCCCUGUUGGCAGUGACUGCCAAGGCCGAUCCUGAGGACCAGAGGCGCCAGACAGCCACCAGGGACCUGUUUCAGGCUGUGGGCAGUGUGCUAGAAGCUUCCCUGAGGGACAGACUCGAAGAGCCUUCGGAGUCCAAUGGCAGCCAGGUGGCCACAGUGCCCCAGCUGCUCAGAGCUGUGGAGCAUGUACAGUCUGCCCUCCUGCUGGGGACACUGCCCAGGGGCCUUCCAGCCACACUGGCCACGCCCUCCAUCUCUGUGUACACAAACAGAAUUCAGCCCCAGAGUUUGCAAGGCCCCUCUGUGCACAUUGCUGCUGCCGGCUCUGCGACCUUCACCCUGCCUGCUGCCUCCUCCCUUGGCUCCUUGGAGGAUGCUCGGGAGCCUGUGGACAUAAGGAUGAUGAGUUUCCCAAAGAGCCCUUUCCCAGCCCGAAGGCACUUUGAUGUCAGUGGAACUGUUGGCGGCCUCUCUCUGACCAGCCCUAGCGGACAGCUCAUACCCAUGAACAAUCUGUCGGAGAACGUUGAGAUCCUGCUGCCCCGGCUUCCAGAAGGACACAGCAAGCCAACCGUGUUGAAUCUGACCAGUCCUGAAGCUCUGUGGGUGAACCUGACUUCAGUGGGGGCAGCUUUGGGGAUCCAGCUGCACUGGAGACCUGACAUCCCACUCACACUCAGCCUGGGCUAUGGCUACCACCCGAAUGAGACCAGCUAUGAUGCCAAAGCUCACUUUCCACCAAUGGCUGCUCCAGAUGGGCUGUCCACUUGGAUCCUGAGCCCAGAGGACCUACAUUUUGGAGAAGGUGUCUACUAUCUGACUGUGAUCCCUGAGUCUGACCUGGAGCUGACCCUGAGCAGAGACCUCACAGUUGGCAUCACCACCUUCCUUUCCCACUGUGUGUUUUGGGAUGAGGUCCAGAGGACUUGGGACAACUCUGGGUGCCAGGUGGGGCCACGGACCACCCUGUCCCAGACACAUUGCCUCUGCAACCACCUGACCUUCUUUGGAAGCACAUUCUUGGUGAUGCCCAAUGCCAUAGAUGUCCGCCAGACCAGGCAGCUCUUUGCCACCUUCGAGGACAACCCUGUGGUCGUGACCACUGUGGGCUGUCUCUGCGUGGCCUACGUGCUGGUGGUGAUCUGGGCAAGGAGGAAGGAUGCUCAGGAUCAGGCCAAGGUGAAAGUCACAGUGCUGGAGGACAAUGAUUCCUUUGCCCAGUACCACUACCUGGUGACAGUCUACACUGGACACCGCAGAGGGGCAGCUACUUCCUCGAAGGUGACUAUCACCCUAUAUGGUCUGGAUGGAGAGAGUGAGCCCCGCCACCUGUCAGACCCUGAGAUCCCAGUUUUUGAACGCGGAGGAGUGGAUGUCUUCUUACUCUCCACCCUGUUCCCUCUGGGAGAACUGAGGAGCCUGCGGCUGUGGCAUGACAACUCAGGGGACCAGCCAUCCUGGUACGUAAGCCGGGUGCUGGUGCAUGACCUGGUGAUGGACCGGAAGUGGUAUUUCCUCUGCAACUCAUGGCUAUCCAUCGAUGUCAGAGACUGUGUCCUUGACAAAGUAUUUCCAGUGGCCACAGAGCAGGACAGGAAACAAUUCAGACACCUGUUUUUCACGAAGACCUCCAUGGGCUUCCAGGAUGGACACAUUUGGUAUUCCGUCUUCAGCUGCUCAGCCUGGAGCAACUUCACCCGCGUCCAGAGGGUGUCCUGCUGCUUCUCCCUGCUCCUUUGCACCAUGCUGACUAGCAUCAUGUUCUGGGGGGUCCCCAAGGACCCAGCUGAGCAAAAAAUGGACUUGGGUAAAAUUGAAUUCACUUGGCAGGAAGUGGUGAUUGGACUGGAGAGCUCUCUCCUCAUGUUCCCCAUCAACCUCCUGAUCGUUCAGAUCUUUCGAAACACCCGUCCUCGGGUCACUAAGGAGCAGAGCACUAGGAAAUGGGACAGGGGGUCUCUCAGCCCAGCUCCCUCACCACAGCCCAUGGAGAAUGGCCUUCUGACACCUGAAGCAGUGACCAAAGAUACGUGGAGACUUGUCAGAUCCCUGCUUAAAGCUUUAAAGGUGCCAUCCCCUGCCUCGGGCUGGGACUUGAUGGACAUCAACCAACUUCUGGCCUUGCUGGAAGAUGUCAUCUGUCUGCAGAAUGUGGCAGGGCAGAUGUUCUGGGAAGAAGCCAAAGAGAGACAGGACCCAUUAACAUUCACUCCUGGGUCAGUACAAGUGAAAGAAAAAACGCAAUGCUUGACACAUGAGGUGGGCCCAGGUGACCCUUGGAAGAACAGUGUGUACAGGCAGUGUCUCUACUUUCAACUGGAGCAUCUGGAACAAGAGCUGCGGCUGGUGGGUCCUGGAGGCUUCCCCCAUUGCCAGAGCCAGGCCUGGGCCCUCAGGCAGCUGCAGACCCUGAAGCGCUCCCUAAGGGGGGUCAAACCUGCAACUUGGUCCCCUUUCCAUUACAGCUCCCUGAGAGCAAGCAAGCCCCCUCGGGGCCUUCCCUGGUGGUGUGUCCUGGUGGGCUGGCUCCUGGUGGCAGCUACCAGUGGUGUGGCAGCCUUCUUCACCAUGCUAUACGGCCUGCACUAUGGACGGACCAGCUCUCUCAAGUGGCUCAUCUCCAUGGCCAUCUCCUUUGUGGAGAGUGUGUUUGUCACCCAGCCUCUGAAGGUGCUGGGGUUUGCUGCUUUCUUUGCACUGGUCUUAAAGAGUGUGGAGGAUGAAGACGAGUUUAUGGCCCCUCUCCUAAGACAUCUGUCCAGCCCAGACCCCUCUUCCUUGUUCUGAGAACGGAGAGACAGCAAAAAGGAUGUCUACCAGCCACCUCUGGCCACCAACAUUGAAAAGAUGAAAACCACUCACCUCAAGGAACAGAAAGUGUUUGCCCUAAUCAGAGAAAUCUUGGUGUACCUGGGCUUCCUGUGGAUGCUGCUGCUGGUGGCCUAUGGGCAGAGGGACCCCAGUGCCUACCACCUCAACAGACACCUCAAGCACAGCUUCACUCAAGGCUUUUCAGCUGUCCUGGGCUUCCAGGAGUUCUUCAUGUGGGCCAACACCACACUUGUGAGAAACCUGUACGGUCAUCACCCAGGCUUCAUCACUGAUGGAAACUCCAAACUGGUUGGCAGUGCCCAGAUUCGUCAAGUGAGAGUCCGAGAAAACUCUUGCCCUCUUGCCACAUGGUUGCAGACUUCUCUCGAUGGGUGCCACACACCAUAUUCCCUGGAUGUUGAAGACUUGUCAGACUAUGGGGAAGGCUGGAAUGCCUCCAACCUCAAUAGCAGCAAUGGCUUUUCCAAGGCCUGGCAGUACCAGAGCCAGAGCCAGCGCCAAGGGUAUCCCAUCUGGGGCAAACUCACUGUGUACCAGGGAGGAGGUUAUGUGGUCCCCUUGGGGACCAAUCGCCAAAGUACAGCAAGAAUUCUCCAGUAUCUCUUUGACAACACCUGUCUGGACCGCCUGACCAGAGCCGUGUUUGUGGAGUUCACUGUCUACAAUGCCAAUGUCAACCUGUUCUGCAUCAUCACUCUGACCCUAGAAACCAGCGCCCUGGGAACCUUUUUUGCACACUCGGACCUACAGAGCCUGCGCCUGUAUCCCUUCACUGACGGCUGGCACCCCUUUGUGGUGGCGGCAGAGGUCAUCUACUUCCUGUUCCUCCUCUACUACAUGACUGUGCAGGGCAAGCUCAUGAGAAAGCAGAAGUGGUGCUAUUUCCACAGCAAGUGGAACCUUCUGGACCUGGCCAUCAUCCUGGCCAGCUGGAGUGCCCUGGUGGUGUUUGUGAAGAGGGCCAUCCUAGCGGAGCGAGACAUACAACGGUACUGGAAGCAUGAGGAGGGGAUCAGUUUCAGUGAGACAGCAGCUGCUGAUGCUGCCCUUGGUUACAUCAUUGCCUUCUUGGUACUGCUGUCCACAGUGAAACUCUGGCAUCUGCUCAGGUUGAACCCCCAGAUGAACAUGAUCACGUCAGCUCUGCGCCGUGCCUGGGGGGACAUUUCGGGCUUUGCCAUCAUCAUCCUUAUCAUGCUCCUGGCUUACUCCAUUGCGUCAAACUUAAUAUUUGGUUGGAAACUCGGUUCCUACAAAACCCUCUUUGAUGCGGCAGAAACGAUGAUCAGCCUUCAGCUAGGAAUCUUCAACUACGAGGAGGUCCUGGACUGUAGCCCAGUGCUCGGCUCCCUUCUAAUUGGGUCCUGCAUUGUUUUCAUGACAUUUGUUGUGCUGAAUCUAUUUAUCUCUGUCAUCCUGGUGGCCUUUAGUGAAGAGCAAAAAUACUAUCAGCUGUUGGAGGAAGGAGAGAUUGUCGAUUUGCUGCUGAUGAAAAUACUCAGUUUCCUGGGCAUUAAAUGUAAAAGACGGGAGCCUGGAAGCUGCGGCGAGCAGCCUGAGUUGCUGUUAGAAGCCCAGCCCCCUCUAUCUGCACCAGCUGCGCUCCAGGUUUAAGCUGUUCAUCCAUAUUUGAUCCUCCGUGGAGUCAGCAGACAGCCAGAGCCCCAGGCCUACACUUAACCAGUGAUUCUGUACUCGCUCCAAGUCAGUGUUUUCUGUGUCCAUUGAUGUUGCCAAGGCUGGCAAGUAAAAAGACUAAUAAAACUAUGUAUGUAUGUACAUGUACAAUUGCCACAGUAUCACAAUUGUGAUACUGUUUCAAAUGUAUUUCCUUCUAGAAAUAAAACAAAUAGCCUGGAAUUCAAGAAAAAAUCUCUUCUGCAGACUAAUUAUUUCACCUUGUUGAUCAGUCAGGGGUUGCCUUUGAAUGAUUCUCUAACAGUUCAGGGUUUCUCAACUGUGUCCGAGAGAUGCUAAUAACCAUCAUAUUAAUUUGCUAGGGCAGCCAGAACAAAGUAUCACAAACUGGGUAACUUAAAACAACAGAAAUUUAUUGUCUCACAGUUCUGGAGGAUAAAAGCUUAAAAUUCAGGUGUCAACAGGGCCACGCUCCCUCGGAAGGCUCCACAGAGGAAUCUUCUCUCUUAGCUUCUAGCAUUUGCCAGCAAUCCUUGUCGUUCCCUGUUUGUAGUUGCAUCACUCGAACAUCCGCCUCUGCUGUCACAUGGUUUCCCCUGUGUGUCUUCUCUGUCUCUCUUUUCCUCUUCUUAUAAGGAUACUAGUCAGAGUGGACUAAGGGCUCAUCCUAGUCCAUUACAGCUUCGCCUUCACUAAUGGCACGUGCACCAGUUCCUAUUUCCAGUUUGGUCACAUUCUGAGGUAUUGGGGGUUAGGACUUCAAUGAAUCUCUGUAGGGGACACAAUUCAACCUGUAACAGGUGUCAUGGCCCCCAAAAUGUUUGUGGAUCAAAUAAAUGUGGGAAACACUGGAUUAUACAAGGCUGUACCAGUUCUUUAGCAUCGGAAUUGUCAGAGCUUUUAACAUGCUAACUGUGCAUUGUGAAUCUCCUGGGAUGAGAUGAGCACGAGCGACAAAGUAUGUAAUGAUUCCCAAACCCCUUCGGCCAGGGCACCCAGUACUGUAGCACCUCAAUAGGGCAAAGUAUCAUCCUUAGAUGAUACUUUGAGAACUGCUGAUCUAUACCAGUGGUUCUCAACAUUGGCUGCAUGCUAGGAUCCCUAGACUUCAUUCCUAAAUAUCAGAGUCUCUGGGCUGGGGCCCUGGUGUCAAUACUUUUUUUAAGCCCCCCAGGUGAUUCCGGUGUGCAGUCAGACUCGAUAACCAAGCUCUAAAGUCUGAGAGCCACAGGUCUAGAUAAUAAAAGGCAUCCAGAGGUCUGUGUGGAGAAGCGCACCGUUCCCCUCACUCGUGCCGGGGAAGCACCUCAGACAUCCUCUGCAGUUCACCCUCACACACCCAUUGUGGCGGACACUCUAGGUUGUCUGUCCCAAAUCCAUUCUCUGCUUUCCUCCUUGCUAUGAGAAUCUUGACAGUUUCAGGGAACCAUCUGCCCUUCCCCUGCAUACUCCUGGGAAGGUGACCCUCUAACCACCUCAAGGUAAAAUCUGAUUUGUCCUAGUAAUGGUAAUUCCUUUAUCUUGACGGUGAGCGGUUUAGUGUGAACCUGCCCCAGUCAGGCCAGUGAAAAAGGAGAGGUCUGUAGGACACUUUCAGGAAAGGCCUGCUUGCUAAUAAAAAGAGACACAGAGAAGGGCUCUUACACUGCUCGACAUUGCCUGGUCUGAGCAAGACCCCUGGAACUUUGGCAGCUACCUCGAGGCUAUGGGUAACAAUCUGAAAAUGGCAGAGCAGUAAGAUGAAGGGAACGUGCAUGCUUGAUGAGGUCUUUAAAAGCUGACUGAAUCAAGCCUGGAGCUAAACUACUGCCAGCCUUUAUCUGGGUGAGAGCUUAAAUGUCUUUUUAUGAUGGUUGAAUCAGAAUCCCACCCUGCUACCAUGACAAUCAAAACCUAGAGAGCCAUGUAACAUGCAAUAUACAUAAAACCUUGGUGAUUUCAUUAUCUUCUAUUCAUACAAAAGCCCACAGCCAUUGUUCAUUAUGUCAGGUAUGAACAUAAGCUCUCUAUGCAGAGAUGCUCAUCAAACAACCCAUACAAGGUGUACACACCCCCCGAUAAGCAGAAAUCUACCCAGAUACAUACAAAAUGGUCUGUUUUAAAAAGGAAGUCGGGAGCAGUCGUACAUUCUUCAUUUCUCUUUCUCAUCUUUCCCAUCUACUCUCCACUUCUGUACUGACUGUGAAGUUAAACUUUCUGAGCCUCCGGUUCCUCAUCUAUGAAAUGAAUUUAAUACCCACCAGAAAGGGGUUUGGAAAGGAUUGAAGAGAGAAUGUUUGCAGAGUUUCAGGCACAUUGCAAGGGCUCAAAAAAAUGACCAUUAUUUGCUCAGGUGAACAUGCAGCAUGUUCUGGGUACAGCCCUGGCACAGUACCAUGCAGAUGCGCCGACAACCCCAACUUUAUAAAUGGGGCAGAAGCUCAGUGUAAUUACAGAUGGGCCUUCCAAACACACACUGCAAGGUGCUUGAAGUGUUUUUCACCCCGUGUUU